AUGGAGUUUCCUAGCUUCGAUAUCGUUGCCCUCCUAGCUUCACUCCUCUUCCUCUUCUUUGCGGCAGCAAACAGAUUCACCAUUUCCAAACCUUCCAUUCUCACAAACCUCCCUGCAGGCCCUGCAACACUCCCCCUUUUAGGCAACGUCCACAACCUCAUCUUCUCCUCCUCCGACCUCCACCGCGCCCUCCAUCGAUUAUCACUAAAACACGGCCCACUCUUCCCGCUCAAACUCGGCCAAAUCUCCAUCGUCAUCGUCUCCUCCCCCGAGCUCGCCAAGGAAAUACUCAACGACCACGACAUAACCUUCGCGCAGAGAGCUCCCCUGCUUUUCCCUGCCCUCAUCUUCUACGACUGCUCCGACGUCCUGUUCGCCCCCUACGGCGACUACUGGCGCCAGGUCCGCAAGAUCUGCCAGGUGGCGCUCCUGGGUCCGAAUCGGGUGAAGUCGUUCGCCUCGAUUCGGAGCCAAGAGGUCGAGAAUCUGAUCGAAUCGAUUCGCUCUGAUUCGAGGCAGGGGACAUUGUUGCCUUCGCCGGUCAAUCUCACCAGGCUCGUCUUCCAGAUGAGCUGCGGCGUGACGUCGAGGGCUGCAUUUGGGAAGAAGUACAAGGACGAGGAGAUUUUGAUGUCGUUGACUACUGACAUUAUGAAGAUGGCGUCAGGGUUGGGACUUGCUGACUUGUUUCCUUCUCAUGGGGAAAUGUUCAAGGCGAUGACUAGGAUGUUUGGUAUGAAAUUGAAUGGGGUGAUUCGUGGGGCGGAUAGGGUUCUUGAGGAUGUUUUGGAUGAUCACAGGAAGAAGAGGAGCAGCGGAUUAUUGGAUGAUGGAACUCGGGAGGAUUUGGUGGAUGUGCUUCUGAAGCUGCAACAGAGUGGUGAGCUCGAGGUUCCCCUGUCCGACAGCAACAUUAAAGCUGUCCUCUUGGAUAUGUUGGUUGCUGGGAGUAUAACAUCAUCCGCAACAGUUGGGUGGAUAAUGUCUGAAAUAGUCGGGAAUCCUUGUGUCCUGAAAAGGGCACGGGACGAAGUGAGACGAGUUUUCGAUACCAGAGGGAAAGAUGUGGACCAAGAGAUGGCCAUUCGGGAUCUUCAUUUCCUGAAAUGUUGCAUCAAGGAGGCCAUCAGGCUCCACCCGCCGGUUGCUAUGAUCGUAAGAGAGAGUCGCGCGAGCUGCAACAUUUCUGGAUACGACUUGCCGAGGAACACCAUAGUUUCGAUCAAUGCGUGGGCGAUGUGUCGAGAUCCGAGAUACUGGUCCGAUGCGGAGAGAUUCCUUCCCGAGAGAUUUUUAUACGAGAAUAGUGUGAAUUAUGCCGAGACAGAUCAUUUCGAGUUCAUUCCAUUUGGCGUCGGAAGGAGGAGGUGUCCCGGAAUAUCGUUUGCGAUGGCCAACAUCGAGCUGCCGGUGGCCAAGUUGCUGUACCAUUUCGAUUGGGAGCUUCCCGAUGGGAAGAGAAACCAAGACCUUGACAUGGCUGAGAGCUUUGGUGUGGCUGUUAGAAGGAAAACUGAUCUGGUUUUGGUUCCUAUCCCCCACCAUCCCACUUCAACCAACUGAUGGGCGAAGAUUGGAAUCUUGUCUUGUGCAACAACAAAAAAACACAAAUUAUUCUCUUAGCAUGAGAGUGUUAUGCAGUUAUGCAUGUAAGACUAUAGAU